AUGUUCCUGCCCAACGCAUCUCGGCUGCUGGGGGACUUGCUGCCCGCGGUGACCGGCGCCGCUGGCCAGGAGGGCGCUGCCUCCGGAGAUUCCAGCCCCUACUCUUCCACCACCAUGGAGGCGGCUCACAAUGACACUACCACCGUCCCUGACUGGUGGCAGCCCAAGACCCCUCGGCCCCAGAGCGUGUUCCUGACCAGCUUCUUGUCCUUGCUGCUUUGUUUCACGAUCGUGAUGGACCUCGUGGGCAACUCGUUUGUCAUCGCUGCCGUGACCAAGAACGAGAGACUUCGCAACCUCGGGAACGUCUUUGUAAUCAGUUUAUCUGUGGCCGACAUGCUUGUUGCUGUGUAUCCUUACCCUAUGACCUUGAUUGCCAUCUUGAACAACGGCUGGACCAUGGGAAAACUCCACUGUCAACUGAGCGGCCUCCUUACAAGCAUUAGCGCUGUCAGCUCCGUCUUUAACAUCAUGGUGAUAGCCCUCAACCGCUACUGCUACAUCUGCCAUAGCCUCCUGUACGAGAAGAUCUUCACCGGAAGGAACACCAUCCUUAUCCUUAUGGUAACCUGGCUGAUGACCAUGCUGGCUCUCAUCCCCAACUACUUUGUGGCCACCGUGCAGUACAAUCCCACGGUCUACACUUGCAGCUUUGUCCACACUUCCACUGCCUUCUACGCCGUUGGAGUGAUGGCCCUCCACUUCCUCAUCCCCCUGACGGUAGUGGCAUUCUGCUACCUGAAGAUCUGGAUCUUGGUCAUUCAAGUCAAUCAUCGGGUCAAGGUCACCAAGCCCAAGUUCAUGCUGGUCGAUGUCCGCAACUUCAUGACGAUGUUUCUGGUCUUCGUCCUGUUCGCUCUGUGCUGGGGCCCGCUGUAUUUCUUGAAGCUUUCCCAGGUCUUCGAUCCUUUCGGCAUCGGACCACGAGUCCCAGAGUGGGCAUACAUCGGGAGCUACUACUUGGCCUACUUCAACAGCUGCGUGAAUGCCAUGAUCUACGGAACUCUCAACCAGAACUUCCGCAGGGAGUACCAGAGCAUCGUCCGCAACACCAAGGAGACGGCCUACUACUUCGUUGUUGAUGUGCAGGAGCAAAUCCAAGAUAUGAGGAUGAGACGCAAGCCGACUUAUGCCGGGGCCAGGCGCAUCCAAGGCGACACCUAUCUGUGA